UGUCAGAAUGUUUUUUUCUAAACUCUCUUUCUCAGCCUCGGACUGGUAAUCGACAAUCAGACGCUACAUAGUUGCAAGCCCUAAUCGAAACGGCAGUCAUCCAUGGAUACAGUUGCUGCAGGACAUCAUAGGCAACGUUUUUGAGAGCAGCAGACAGACCAAUAUUUUGGAGAGUUGCAGAGGAGUUGCACCUGUAGGCUAACCUGUAUCGUCAGUCCGGGAGGGUAGUGGGCCAUCGAACGCGUAUAUGAAAUAUAAUAGCGUAAUAUGGAUUUUUACUCAACGUCGAUUUCGACAUUGAAUAAUGGCUGGAGUGGCAAACAGACUGAGCAGUGCAUCUGCAAGAGGAGAUUUAGCAGAAGUUGAGAUGUUAUUAAUGAACGGAGCAGAUGUUAAUGAAAACAAUGCAUUCGGCAGGACACCGUUACAGGUGAUGAAACUUGGUAACCCCGCCAUCGCGGAAGCGCUGCUGAGGGCGAACGCAAAUCCAAACGUGCGCGACCAUGUCAGAGGUCUCACCAUCACUCAUGACGCUGCAAGGGAUGGAUAUGCAGACACCCUACGCAUACUGAUGGUUCAUGGCGCAGACGUCAAUCUCCUGGACAAUGAUGGCAAUCUUCCAUUGCAUCUAGCCGCAAGGGAAGGCUAUCUUGAUGUGGUCCAGCUCCUUGUUGGUUCUACGACGGACGCCACAAGGUGCAACUCCAAAGGCCACACACCUUAUGAUUUGGCGACUACGAACCAUAGAGUAUCCAUUGCGCAAUACAUUCAGGCGCACACUAAUUAAUUAAUAUAUAUCGGACAAUCCUGGCUGGGAUAGCGAGGUGGUAGGCCUAAAGAAAAACGAGGGAGAAAGUAGCAAAAAAAUGGCUAAUAGGCUAAUCUACCUCUCUGGUUACAAUGUAUUUGGAUGUUUUUCAGACAUGAUAGCCUCAAUUCUCAAUCAUAAAGAAUGGGCCUAUCAUGAACUCAGGGGAGUUACGUUUCCUCCUAACCUAAUAAGAACACAGCCUAAUCCCAUUUGCUCCAUCGCAGAAAACAUUUGACGAGAUUAUAUGCCACUAGAAUGAUCAUUUGAAUCUAUUUAAUAUAUUAAAUAUUUUCAGGUCCACAACAUUUCCCUAACAACAUCUCCAGCUGCUUUUUUUCCUAUUUAUUUCUCAUGUUUGCCGAUGUUCCCUAGUGGCAUAAGUAAGGUGGGGAUUUGUCUUUCAAAUUCAAUUCAUUACCAACAUUUUAAUAACUAUUUGAGAUGUGAGUUUAAUAAUUCAACGACUAUUUAAAAUGAAAUGAGGAACAACAUUUUGUUGUUUAACUUCAAGACCAUAGGCUGUAGGUAUUAAAAUAGACGACCCUCUUCAUCCAAGGGAGGCUACUCUUGUGCGCAUAGCAAAUGUCUUAUUUUGUCCCCAUAGCCUAUUUUGUCAUGGUUAAUUCAACGCAUGCUAUUUUCAAUAAUAACGCAGUAACCUAGGUCUACCUUUAUUCUCCUUGUCCAGACCAUUGGUCAUACAUUAUCAAUCUAUUAGUAGCCUGACUGAUGCGGCGAUUCUUUUCGAUUUUCAUUGCACUUGUAAAUAAUCAAAUGAAUAGAUUUGGUAAGGAACUGUGAAAGCACGCGUUUACUAAUAUUCGCGUUUUAUUUUGUACCAAAGACAACAACUGUCUGCAGGUCUGCAUUGUUUUAGGCUUACCUGUUUGUUUAAUUUUCUGAUUGACUUUUAGAUAACAAUUUGGUUGAAAUAUAAUGUAUGUAUGGCUUUAGUACCGGUAGGCCUCGUUUUACUGUAUUGUCUUCUAUUUGA